CUCAUCUUUAUAACAUUAUCAGCUCCCGACUCUGAAACACUGACGCUUUGAAGAACUUACCAUUGUGGACUAAUCCACGAACAGCAGCAUGAAUAUUCAACCGACAGAAAUAGCCGUUGAUUUGCGGACAUAUAACACUAUACCAACAGAAUGUGUUGGCCAAGGAGCAAUACAAGCAUAUGAUUUGUCCCAAUUAUGCGGUCGUCAACAAACACGGAACGACCGUCUAUCAACAGUACAUCGACAAUUAAAACGUCGAAGAGAAUUCGAAAAUAUAUUCGAUGGUGAAACAAAAAAAUUAAAAUUGGACGAACNAGUAUCAAUCACCACGCGGCAGCUUUUAAGUGUCAUUUUUGAUCGCGAAACUCUUGCGACGCACACACUGAGUGGCAAGCCCUCACCGGCUUUUCUGGACCGUGAUCGCCCACUCAAGGGUCAAUUAGAUAAGCUGAAAGUGGCUGAUGUGAUAUAUUUCCUCAAACUGCUUUUCAAUUGUCCGGAACGUGUAAUCCGAAAUGCAAUCACAAUGAAAUGUGCGGAUACCGCAAAAGCCAUACGAAGAAAGUACUUAUCCAAAGCCAAUUUAGAUAAAUUCUUGUAAUACCUUAAAUUUGUAUAUAAGCUAUGAUAUGUGUAAAUAAUUUUUGCAGUAACAAUAAAUCAUUAAACUCUCGAAAAUA